GGGAUCCACAGUUCUGUCUGUGAUUACGUGUGCGUGUGUAGGUUUGCAUGAGUCACUCUGAGAACGGCCCGGGGAGCACAUCAACCACUAGAGCCUCAUUACUUUUCCAUGGUGACUGUCUGUAUACAAACACUGGCUUCCUCGUCGUAUCCUGCUCCACCCUCAACUUUAUUCUCUUGUGUAUGACUUAUGGGGUUCUAUUACUCCCACUAUUGUCUUUAAACUGACCUCUUCCUGCUGCUUUCUACUAAACACUCUGUAUGUACCGAGUGAAAAUAUGAACGUGUUCAGUACAGAAUCCAGUCCAGGCCAACUGUGUCCACUGGAGGAAGAGAUUCUCUUUCAUGAUUAAGAUGAGUGCUAAUACUGGGACAGGUGUCCUCGACCCCUGUUUUUGCCGGGUGUCUGUGCGAAAGGAAUUGAAGGGAGGAAAAACUUUUGCAAAGCUGGGCUUUGCUGACUUGAACUUGUCUGAGUUAGCUGGUUCUGGCAGCAUUACUCGACGUUGCCUCCUGGAGGGAUACGACACCAAAAACACCAGGCAGGACAACUCUAUUCUGAAGGUUGUCAUCACCACACAACUUAUGUCUGGAGACACCUGUUUUAAGACUCCCCCAUCUACAGCCAUGACUCUGGGAAUCCCACCGGGGGAAGCAGAGUGUCUCCUUGAGGACAGAAAGGGAGGAGUCAUGCACAUAUCCCAUUCACUCACUGGGACUCCAGCAAAGUCAGUAUCAGUCCCAGAGGAGCUGGUAGCAUAUGGUCACUCUAGAACACCCAGCUAUGCCAGCGAACACUCAAAAAUCUCAGGUUACAGCUCGAUUCACUCCAGUUUAACAGAUCUAUGCCAUCGGAGGAGCGGGUCAGGUGGUUCUGCCUCCACAGGCAUCGGCAGCAUCCUGGAAACCAGUGAUCAGCAGGGGCAGAGCAGGACCUCUGCAACCUGUCACCCCUCUACCCCUGUUAAAGUUCCACGACAUCCGGUAAAGCAGAACUCGGUGGAGAAUCAGCUCAAAAGGGUAGACGCCACCAGGGUGGAUGCUGAUGACAUAAUAGAGAAAAUCCUGCAGAGCCAGGACUUCAGCCAUAGUGUCUUGGACUCCAGUACAGAGGAGGAGGGGCUGAGCUUGUUUGUUGGUCCUGGAGGGAGUACCGCUUUAGGAAGCCAGCAUAUGAGGGUCGCAGCUGGAGCCUUUGAGCAGGUGGUGUUCAAGCGCUAGGCUUUGGGAAGCAUGUGCCUGCCAUAAGGGUGCCAUAUUACACUAAUGCGGGGUAUACAACACUGAGUUGUGGAGGUGCCAUCAGAACUUGCUCCCGCCUCACUCCAUGAGAUUUCAUUUAUUUUAUGCAAUCUCUGUGUCUGACCUACAUGGUGCGUGGACCAGGAGAGACCCCUAGUGUUUAAGAUGUGGAGGUGAAGGCCACAAUUGCAACAUCUUGGUAAAUGAAAUGACUGAUUACGGACAUUUCUGUUGGUCUUCUAUGACAACAAUGAUUAGGGAUUGCCACUGUAAUUCUACAUAUGUUGACCCAUCCCCGUUAUUUAAAACGUAUGCUGACCAAACGUGUUUUUAUUUUGCUAUGGUUGAUUUUGUUUCACCAUUUUACUUGUACCUUAAGUGGCUGGAGGGGACUGCGACCUUUCCUUGAAGUUCCAUUAAAUGUAAGUAAUAGAAAACUGACAUUGUGAAAUUGAUGGUGGUUUCACCUAUUUCCUCACCUGGUUGUGAGGGAGGAUGAGUGCAUUUAAAAUACCAUGAAGUUUUCAUGUUUUGUACCUUCAGUAUGAUGUCUUUUUGGGGUGUGCAUGUGCACAUGUCUGUUGAAUGUAAAUUCAUAAUUAAAAGAUGGAAUUUCAUUUUACCACUGAUUUUUGUAAAUGUGCAAAGGCACAUGUAAUAUAUGUAUGUAUUGAAAGCCAUGUGCUUAUGUUUCUAAGAUGUUAGAAUGUGAAUGUAAAAAUAAAAUUAAAAAAAUGUG